UCACGCAGGCGGGGCGGCGGGUGUCUGCUGGAUAGCUGUUGGUCCAGUGUUGGAGUCGAGCGUGAGCUUCACGAGUGUUGUGGCGCAGGCCUCCAGCAGCGGCGACACCACAUCGGGGACAGCGUGAACCUCCACAUGAGCCACCUGGAUCUUUCCCUGCACACGCACAGGCGCACGACAGAGAAGGCAUUACACGGCCAUGUCGACCGGUAUCCCACAGCAGCGCUCUUACCAUGUGGUGCAGCUCGCGAAAGUCGUCUAUGUCCCAGUAGGCCUCCUGAUCGGCGUCCAACAUGGUGAAGUGUCGGAACACGCCAUACGUCUCGUCGGUGGCCUUCUCGUGGGUCUCCCUGUUGACGCAUGAGAGGCGUGGCCCAUGACGGCUGCGGGAUGCCCCGACAGACAGGGACGACCGUAAUCCUCCUGACACACACAAUCACACAAUGGAGCGACCCAUGUCAGAGAUGGCCACAUCGUUCGUGUGUGUAUCACCUCUGAGUCGAUGCAGCCAAGACGGUUGACAAGCAGCAAAGAUGCCAUCAAGAUGAGCUGGUGUAAUAUGUUUGCAUCCUCCUCACCCUGGAGUGGGUGUCGUCUGGUGUUGACACAGAAGCUGACUGCAUACCCUUGUCUCCUGGCACAAGGUGUACAACACACAAAUGGUCGCCGUGUUGUCCGUGUUUGUCUGCUCUCACUCACCUGGAGACACGUAAAAGAUGGAAACGUGUGUGCGUGCGACGUGCGUGAGAAAAGUGUGUCUUUCGCACGGUCUUAGCCAUCGCGUGAGAUUGUCGAAGACACCAACAAGCGAAUAUAAAAUGUAGCCAGCGAUACUCCCCUUCUCCUGGAUCUGGUGCUGCCGUGCUGAGUCGGUGGGCUGGGUGGGCAUGGGCAGGGGGCCACUGGGCUGCAGGGUGGGGGGACGGGUGGGCAUCGAUGAUGGUGAUCGGAGUGGAUGACGGCAGCGGGGCAGCGCCGCCGCUCUCCAGUCCCAGUCGGCAGGUCUGACAGGCAGAGAGCAUACAGCAGCCGACAGACAGCAACAGAUGAGUGGAUGGUACCCUGAGUGGUGCACCAAUGUGCCUAUGUGUGUGUACGUACCCGCGGUGCGGGGGCAGUGGUGGUGGUAGCGGUCGGGCGCGCAGUUUCUGUCAGCCAAAGGGCCAAAACACACAGAGAAGGGGCAAAGUAUAUGUGGGCGAGCGAAUGAGUGGCGACCGUCUUGGGUGCCUUUCUUACCCUCACACGGGCGACCUCCUGCUCCCAUACGGACAGCACAAUGUGCCACCUCGCCUCCGUCACUCCCUGCACACACACACACACACACACACACAGGACAC